UUUUUUUCAUAGGCCCAGUAUUUUAAUUUGUCUGCUUAUUUCUUUAUGUAAGAUCAUGAGGAGAGACUGCAGGCUGGUUUUUUACUGCUUUGAUUUGUAGGAGGCACGUGCUCUCCAAGAGUAGUAGCUGUGUGAGAAGCAGUGGUGUAAGAUCAUCCUCAAGGCACGCAUUCUUCCUCUUGAGGUUUCAGUCUCCGAAACGGCCCCUCUGGCUGUUUGGGGAAAGGGAAGUUUGGUCGUCAGGUGCUGUGAAAGGGCAGGGCCUUUUGGUUACUUUUAAACUAGUUUAGCAGGUACAAGAACUUUUUGGUAGAAUAUUGAACCCAGUAUUGCGGCUGAGUGGGAUACAUCUGUCUGAAGUGCAAGGUCUUGCUGAAAUUUUCUUUUGUUCAGAUGUCAGAAGACUGAUGUGUAAAACCUGACUCACGAGUUCCUCGUCUUUCCAACAAAGCUAACACAACUUUAUGAUGUUUCCCCAGGUUAAAGGCAAUAGAAGUUGAAAACAGCCUCCUGAAAACACCCUCCUUCCUGUGCUCUGAGCCUCCCCGCCAUCCUCAACAUGGCCGGUGGCAUUACUGAUACCGGAGAGCUUUACUCUCCCUAUGUUGGUCUGGUUUACAUGUUCAACCUCAUUGUUGGAACGGGAGCCCUAACCAUGCCGAAGGCCUUCGCGACAGCAGGGUGGCUCGUCAGCCUCGUUCUCCUAAUGUUCCUGGGAUUUAUGAGCUAUAUGACUACGACCUUUGUGGUGGAAGCCAUGGCUGCUGCAAAUGCCCAGCUGCGAUGGAAGAGAAUGGAAAAACGCAAGGAGGAUGAUGAGGAUGAGGAUUCUUCCUCUGGAGUAUCUGACAGCGAUGUUCUUCUCCAUGAUGGCUAUGAGCGAGCAGAGACACGACCCAUCCUGUCAGUUCAGAGACGUGGUUCACCCAAUAUCUUUGAAAUCACCGAGAGGGUGGAAAUGGGCCAGAUGGCUUCCAUGUUCUUCAAUAAAGUGGGUGUCAACCUCUUCUAUUUCUGCAUAAUUAUCUACCUCUACGGAGACCUGGCAAUCUAUGCAGCAGCUGUACCUGUCUCUCUCAUGCAAGUGACCUGCAGUGCCACUGGCAACCAUUCUUGCAGUGUUGGAGAUGGCACAAAGUACAACGAUACAGACAAGUGCUGGGGGCCAAUUCGACGGAUUGAUGCUUACAGACUGUAUCUGAAGGUCUUUCAUUUGGAAGAAGAGCUGGGAGCGCUGUGGCACAGGAACCAUGAGCGGCAGCAGCAUCCAGCUUCAUGGGUACUGUGGGCAGCAUUCACUCUCCUCCUGGGUCCUUUCACCUUCUUCAAUGUGCAGAAGACCAAAUAUCUUCAAAUCAUGACGUCCCUCAUGAGAUGGAUAGCUUUCAUCCUCAUGAUUAUUCUGGCCCUCAUCCGUAUCAGCAGAGGCCAAUCUGAAGGUCACCCGUCCAUGGCCCAGCUGUCGGGCAUCCGCAAUCUCUUUGGGGUGUGCGUCUACUCCUUCAUGUGCCAGCACUCCCUGCCAUCACUCAUCACACCCAUCUCCAAGAAGAAGCAUGUCAACAAGCUCGUGCUGCUUGAUUACAUCCUGAUCCUGGCUUUCUACAGCCUCCUGUCCUUCACUGCCAUUUACUGCUUCCGCAACGACACCCUCAUGGACAUGUACACGCUCAACUUCACCAACUGCGAGAUCAUCAACGUUGCCUUCAUUCGUUACUUCCUGGGCCUCUUCCCCGUCUUCACCAUCAGCACCAACUUCCCCAUCAUCGCAGUGACCCUGCGCAACAACUGGAAGACCCUUUUCCACAGAGAAGGGGGGACCUACCCGUGGGUGGUGGAUAGGAUUGUCUUUCCUUCCAUCACUCUGAUUCCCCCAGUGCUGGUGGCUUUCUGCACCCACGAUCUGGAGUCCUUGGUGGGGAUCACGGGAGCCUAUGCUGGGAAUGGGAUCCAGUAUCUCAUUCCGGCUUUCCUCGCGUACUGCAGUCGGAAAGACACUCAGCUGGUCUUCGGCAGCGGGACAGUUAACAAACACCUCUCCCCUUUCCGACACACCUUCUGGAUUGUGUUCGUGCUCAUAUGGGGCUUUUCUUGCUUUGUGUUUGUGACUGCAAACAUUGUCCUGAGCGAGUCAAAACUCUGAUGUGGGGGCAGUGGCACGCUCCCUCCUGGGUUCCAGAGACUUCAGCAUUUCAGCCUACCCUCUGGGACUGUGCAGUGGGGGAAAGGCAGCAUGAAGGGAAGUUUCCAGGCCAUCGGCUUGGUGACACAGGUUAGACCUGGACACAGACUUCACUCCAUUUUGGGUGUGGAUGGAGUGGACUCAGCCUUGUUACAAUCCUAUACCUGCUAUACAAAGCCGUGGGGCUGAGCCCUUGGCAGCCUGCACAAUUAACCAGUGUCCAGCCAUUUCUGCCUUCAGCUCUGUUGGAGCAUUGCUUUCUCCGUCCCUACAGUGGCUCUCUGUGUGCUGCAGGUCUCAGCCCACAGGAGAGCAGCCAGCCUCGGCUGCUCACUACACUAAUCGGCUAAAUGUCCCUUCUUCCAAAGGCAGGGAUGUUCUGUGCAGAAUCCGGCAGGAGUUUGGGAGAACUGAGUCUCUUCUUUCUGCUGAGACACCUUCAUACCAGCCUCGUGUGCCAGUUGAGGGAAGAAAUUAGGGUGGGAAUAGACCUAAUUCAGAAGAAAAUAAUUUUGUGCUCUGUUACAUUUUCUUUUUCUAGAGGCAUUAACCUGUUUGUGCACCAUGGAUUGCCUGGGAUCUUUUGCUUAGAGCUGGAUUUCUCCAGGCCAGGAGUUUACAUUCACACUUCCCAUCCUGUUCCCUGUGCUGUGGCAGCCCCAGCUGGACAGAGCAAUACCCCUACGCGUGUAGGAAUACAGCCCUUCGCCCCUGGAAAGGAAACCACAGUCUUGCUUCCCUCGGCUCCCACAUGCAGCUCAGUGGCUUCAGCUGGCAGAGCCCUUUCUCACCAUCGCACGGGGCUGGUACAACCAGCCAGACCCUGACUCCAGCGGUCAGGAUUCGUGUGGGCUGGGGAGGUGCUAAUUACCCAGUCCUGACACGCGUGAGGCCUGCAAGAGCUCCGGCUGCGCACACUGAUGCGUUUCCAGCCUCCCGUGCUGGGUAAUUAGCCUUGAAACAAGGUGGGUGUUAACUCAAGGGAAUGGGCUGGUGCCAGGAGGAAGCGGCAGUGCCCUGGCUCAGCCCUGCCUGCCUGCAGGAGCAGAGCUCCCAACCGCCGCAGAGCAAAAACUGAAACCCUGCUGGAACUGGGCUUGGAUCCCCCCUCUUCUCUUUCUGCACAGGGUUAAAGGUGGGCUCUGGGCUGCUCCUGCUCAGCUUCUCUGAGAAGUGGGCUGCCUGUUACCUUAGGCAGCCAGUGUUCGAGGUGAGUCUUUGCUUUUGAGGCCACUGGUGGUCACUUGAUACCGCACGGUGACAGACGGCACUGGGUCCUGUGCUCUGAGGCCCUUGGGCAAAGAUCGUAUGGGUUUUCCUAACAAAAGGAAGCACUUUAAAAGUUUUCAUCUGAAAUAUUUUAAUCCUCCCUUAUUAAAGCAGGUUCAAAGCCAGGUGCAUGUCACUUACGUUAGAUCCUCUUGCCCUCUGCACUUGCUGCAGUAUUAAGUGUCGCCGCUCACUAAAGCAAGCUUUGAACUGCAGCUCUUUUUAAUCAAGCUCUGUUUUCAAGUAGGACUUUCUGGUUUCCAUAUGACCUGAAGUGCUCCUCCUGGGGGAAUAUGCAAGUACCUGGAGCUGUAUAAAAAACACUUCAUGCCUGUUAAAGCAAAACCCUGCCUCUCUCGAGCCUGAGCACCACCACUGUGUCCUUGCCAAGCUGCUUGGAGAGGAUCUGGGGGGACUGUUUGCCUCCUCUCCAGCUUGAUCCUAAACAGGCUUUGGCAGCCCUCGCUUGUGAGUUUAAACAUCCCCAAGUGCUCUGGGGAAGCUGAUGUGGCAUCUUCAGUGCCAAAUUAAGUUAGUUAGCAGGUAGCUGGUGCUGGGGUCUCAUUUGGGAAGAGGUAGGUUGGAGGGCAAAUUCACGGGGCAGCUGAGCUGGGAGCCACCUGUGAGGGAGCUGGGCAGAGCUGGAGGGAGGAAUUUAAUGCCAAUGCAAUGAGCCUUUGGAAAGCUGGAGAGGCUGCAGGGACUGUUCCCCUGCACAAAUGCGCAGGUGUGGGUUUAUGGAGGGGGCUGAGACCUUUCCUACUGCACUGUCUGCCCUAGGCUGCCCAUGCUUGGCAAGGCACUUGGCUCAGCUUCCAUCCCUUCAAGCGCCCAUUUCAAUCUCUUGCCUUCACGUUUCAUUGCCAGCCAGAGAACGGGGCUGUUCUCUGUUAUUUCAUCUCUUCUCACCUUCCCUUCCCCUCCUAGGGCUGCCCUCGGUCUCUCUCCCCUCCUGCCCCUGUUUCAUACAGGGUAGCCUCCUGCCUGGGGUGGGAGGGGGAGGGAGCCCAGCCUGGCACACCCUCUCCUGCCAUCUACAUGUAAAGAUGUGCCUUCUCCUCCCUGGCCUGGGUCACCACCUCCUUCUCGGCAUGGUGCGGGGCAGUGACUUCUAAGGGGCCUUACCUCUAAGAGCUGCUUGGAUCCAGGCGUUGGAUGCAGUGGCACGGAGAGGGCUCGCAUCCCGGCCCCAGCCUUUGCCGUGGUACCUUACCGAGAAGGACUCUGGUCCCCAAGGAGCAUGUGUGCUUUCUUAAAUAAAUAACCACAAAUUCCCAGACACCCACUGUCCUUGCACAGCAGCAAAACAAAUCUAUCCGAGGAAUCGGGGUGAUUAACGGAAAGAAGCUCUACGGCAGAGAGAACAUUUUUCAUACAAAACAUGACAUAGCAAUGCCUUAAAAAUUACUGGAGAGAGCGGGAAGGGGACAGCUUGGUGGAGCCCACACUGGCUGCGGGUGCGCUGGGUGACCCCAGCUUGGCACGGGGCAGGAGCUCCCUCCUCUCGCCCAUCACGACUGAGUCUCUUUGUAUUGGGCCGUUACCAACACUUAACGAUUCAUUAUUACAGAUUCUCACGUGAUGCUUGUCCUGACUGUAAUUAGUUUUCAAAAAAUGGGAUGAAAACCAAUAAAAUGCACAUUAUACA